CGAGUAGUCAGCACGUGUUGUGUAUAACCUAGACUUAAAUUUAUCACAGAACAAAUAAAUAAAUAAAUAAGCAAUAAUAAUUACAAUUAUUAUCAGUAUUAAAAAUUAAAUUAAUUAAUUUCCUAAAUAAAAAAUAACUGUCAAGUGAAUGUGCGCCAAUAAAUAAAAUAGUGAUCAGAUCUAACCUAGACAAACUGAAAAUGGAUAAAAAAACUCAUUCACCACGUGUUACUCUAGAAGAAUACGGAAUUCCAAACGUGUCUGAAUUUUCAAAUUUGCAAUUCACAAAAUGGAGUUUAGAAAAUUUUCGAAAAAAUUUAAAAAUAAAUAUCGUAAGACAAUCUGAUGACAAACGAGAACUGGAGUUUGAUUUAAUCGGUUGUACAGCAGCACUAGCCAAUUCAUUUCGACGAAUUUUAUUAAGCGAAGUUCCAUCAAUGGCUAUUGAUAAAGUCUACAUGUUGAACAACACAAGUUUAAUUCAAGAUGAAGUGCUUGCGCAUCGACUGGGACUUCUGCCGCUCAGAGCAGAUCCAAAAUUAUUUGAAUUUCCCGCAACAACUGAAACCAGUUCAGCCGAAGAAGAAGAAGUAAGUGACCAGGAUACUUUGAGGUAUGAAUUAAAAAUAAUUUGCACACGAAAUCCAAAUGCACCGAAGGAUUCACGUCUCAAUAGCGACAUGUACCGCAACAGCGAAGUCUACAGCAGUGACAUUAAAUGGGUACCAAUUGGUAGACAGGCAGACAUGUAUCCUGAUGGUGAAAAACAAUUCGGAAUGCUGGAGCCUGAUAUUUUAAUUGCUAAGCUCAUACCAGGUCAUGAAAUUCAUGCUUACAUGCAUGCUGUCAAAGGUAUUGGUAAAGAUCAUGCUAAAUUUUCACCAGUUGCCACUGCAUGCUAUCGUCUGAUGCCAGUAAUUCAAUUGAGGAAACCGAUAACUGGUCAGGAUGCUGAGUUACUCAAGACUUGUUUUAGCCCGGGAGUUAUUGAGUUGGUUAAAAAUAAAAAGAAAGGUGAAGUCGAGGCUCGGGUUAAGGACGCAAGGUAUGACAGCUGCUCGAGAAAUGUUUUCCGACAUGAUGUUUUUAAAAAUAGUGUUAGAUUGGAACGUAUUCCGGACCAUUUUAUAUUCAAUAUUGAGUCUAUUGGCGCGAUGCCGCCUGGGUAUUUGUUUCUAGAAGCUGUCAAAGUGUUGAAGGGAAAGUGUCGCACCUUUUUAGAGGAACUUGAUUCGAUACAUUAAGUUUUUUUUUUUUUACAAGAUGAAGACUUUAUUAUUUUAUUUAAUUGCUUUGUAAUAAUUGAUGGUGUAAUUAUUUUUUUUUGUAUAGAAAUAAAAGAUUUAAAAAUUA